UCCUUACCCCUCUGCCACCCUGGAGCCAGAUGGAAGCGGGCACCCCCUAGAGGGGAAAGGCCCCCUGCCCCAUUCCCUUAGCCAGCUCUCGUCCUAGCAAAGAGAGUUUCUGGGACCCAAAUCCCUUCCCUACCCUGCCCGUUCUGCUCUGCUCCUCUUCCACCUCUGCCCAGGUGGAAAACAUGGCCAUGGAGGAGGACUAUGUGCAGACCCAGACCCAGACCCAGACCCAGACCACCAGCCAGGUGCAGCGGAACUUGGAGAGAUUCUCAGGGGCUCAAGUGGAUCAGAAGGUGAAUGAAUUGGUGCAAUUCCUGCUGAUCAAGGAUCAGAAGAAAAUCCCCAUCAGAUGGGUAGAUAUUCUGAAGAACGUCAUCAAAGACAACAAAGAGGUCUACUGUGAGAUCAUUAACCGAGCCAGCAGGACGCACUCUUCUGUAGCAGUGCCAGGCGCUAGGGGAUGCCGUGCUGUGGGGUGGGGUGCAGGGGCUCCCCUGCCCAUCAGUGCCAGGUGGUAGGGAGCACCCUGCUGCAUGAGGGACCAUCUUUCCACUGAGCGAUCUUUAAACAUUGCUCAAAACCGUUAUGUUUGCCUUGGUGUGCUGAGUCGGUCUUGGCUACUUUAUUUUUCAGCCCUUUCCUCUUGCCCCUCCCCUCCUAAUGUCAGGAAUAGAACCCAGGUGUCCUGGUUCCCAGGCCCCUUGUUCUAACCAUUAAACUUUACUUACCUCUUUGUCAGGGUUAAAAGACAGGAGUCCUGGCUCCCAGACCUCCUUGCUCUAGCCCCUAGAUGUCAGUCCCUUCCCAAUGUCCGAGAGAGAAUAUGAGAAUGGCCAGACUGGGUCAGACCGACGGUCCAUCUAGCCCAGUGUCCUGUCUUCCG